CGGGUGACCGAAACCUCUGUCCCGCGCGGCCUUGGGUUCGCGCCCAGGGCGCCUCCCAGCUGCCCGGAGGACGCGGACCCCGCCGGGGGCCGGGCAGGGGGCGCCCCCCGGGCCGAUGGCGCAGCUCUCCGGGCCCGGGGCGCCGAGCGCUCGCUAGGGGGCGACCCCCCGACCCGGGUCCCCCGGGACCUGCCCGGGUCCCCCCCCCCAAUCCCCUUCCUCCGCGGGGGACACCGGACGCGCCCGAGCGCGCGGGACCCCGCCGCGGACGCGCCGCUCCCGGAGGCGGGGCUGAGCUCCUGGGGCGCCCCGGCCCCGACUUCUCUUUUGGGGGGAAGAUGGCAGGGCCGGGGAACAAAGGAAGCUCGGUCCGGCCCCCAGAGCGGCGUGCGUGGCUCCCGCGCUCGCCCGGUCCCGGUGGGAGUCGCCCCGCGCCUGUGCGCGCCGCCCGUCCCGGGAACGGCAGCCGGUCCCGCCGGGCGCCGCGCUCCCCACCUCGCCCGCACCCGCCCAGCCACCGAGCUCCGAGCACCGGCCUCAGCGAGCCGCGCCGCGCGCCGACGGAGCGGACAUGGGCAGCAGAGCGAUGGUGGCCAGGUUGGGGCUGGGGCUGCUGCUCCUGGCGCUGCUCCUGCCCACGCAGAUUUAUUCAAACCAAACCACUGCUGUGUCAUCUUCAAAUAGCACCACCCAGACCACCUCUGCUGUCCCAAAUCCAACCAAUGCCACCACCAAGGCAGGCAGCGGUGCCCUGCAGUCAACGGCCAGUUUCCUUGUGGUUUCAAUCUCUCUUCUACAUCUGUACUGUUAGAGACUCUGACCAAGAAGCGUCUCUACUUCCCCAUCUUCCAAACCCAGCCCAAACAGCGACUACAAGUCCAGUGUGGCGAAGAAGAAAUCUAAUUCCACACCGUUAUUUGAUUGAUGCAGAAAAUGUUGAGAAUUCCAAAUUUGAUUCAUUUCAAGGACGUGUGAAGGGACUGACAGAUGAUGGAUGCCAAUAUUAAAUCUGCUGGAUAUUUUUUUGGGGUACAAGAUGAAGAGAGAAUAUCCAAGAUUGACCAUGAUUUCCUCGAUGAUCGCUUAACAAAUAUGGACACUUAAAACUCUUCCUGGAAAACGAGAGUAGAUUUUAUCUAGAAAUAAAAGAUGGGAUGUGAAAUGGAGAUUCAGUUUUCAUUUGGUUCUUUAAAUCUAUAAGGCCAUAAAACAGAUAAUAUAAAAAGCUUCCAUAUGCUAUUUAUAUGUACAUUAGAAAGAACUACCAAGUGUUACUGUAACUCCUUGAUGCGUCAUGUCAGCAGUACUAAUUUAAUGCUGAUAUCUCUAGCUAGUUUCACAUUGUUAAGCUCCACUGUUUUCUUGGGAACUGAAGUCUUUUUUUUCUCUGCCCUCUGUGACUUCAGAUUUGACAAGGUAAUGACCUUUGGCUUUUUAUGUAGUAAUUGACAUGUACCCGGGCCAUGGUGGCCUGGAACCCACCCCCAAAUCUAAACAUUGUGAGUCAGUAUUUCCAAAGUGAAGUAGUAGGCAUCCCCCUCCCCGCCCAUCUUCAUUCAACAAAAGCACCAGACUCAUGUAGCUAAACUGAUUCCAAAGAGUAGAAUUCUAUUGACCUCAAAUGAUUUUAAAAUACUGCUUUUUAAAUUUCUGUAUAUGUUGAAUACACAAUUAAAAAUACAGUCUGUUUUGAAGAUAAAAUUACAGAUCUUGAAAUUAGAAGGGCAAACAUGCAAAGGAGCCAAAACUAAAUCAAGCAUUUGGGAAGCGAAGCCUAGAACCUGCAUUAGAUUUGCAAAAACUUUUAUACUUUUUCUGUAAAUACUUUUUUUUAAAAACUAUGGAUCACAAUAGCCACAUUUGGAACAUGUUCUGUUAGCAGUCAAUAUUUUUAGGUAGUUAGAACUGAUCCUAAGCUUUGAUUUUUGCUGUCUUUUACAACUGCCUUGAUAUACAGAAACCUAAAAAAAAAAAAAAAAAAAAGACACACCCUGAGCUCUGUUCGCAUGGUCACACACUGAUGCUUGCGUGUUCCAGUAUCUAAUACGACCGCAGUAGUCUUGAUGCAACCCGAGGCUUUUCUUUCCCAUCUUUAGAAACCUACAUGGGAACAGCCAGAUCGAAUAGAUCUGAAGCUACUGUGUGUGUGAAUGAACACCCCCUCUUGCUUCAUCUCUGAAUGCUGCGCAUCUGUUUGGAUUGUAUAUUGUGUUUGUGUAUUUAUGCUUUGAUUCAUAGUAACGCCUCAUGUUAUGGAAUUGAUUUGCAUUGAACACAAACUGUAAAUAAAGAAAUAAAUGGCUGGAAGAGCA